AUGGGAAAGGGUCUGAUAUGGGCAACGGCAGAGGACUUGGCAAGAAACAGAGGACGCGUUCUCUCACUGUAUCGCCAAAUUCUGAGAAGCCUCAACUCACCGGAUUUGCCUCUGAAUUUGGCAGCACGGCUGGCCAAGAAAGCUGAGGCGCGCGCAAUCUUCAUCGUGGCGUCUGAGGAGAGGUCCCUGCACAACAUUGAUGACCUCAUUGAUGCUGCUCACUACUCUCUUUCCCUCUUAAGGAAAGGAGAAAUACCCAAGUACAUCCAAUGA